AUGGCAUCUGCAGCAGUUCAGCAGCCCACGGGGCAUUCCACCUCUUUUGAACCAUUGACCACGCAGGUCAAGGGCAGUAGUCUGACCUCUCAACCAGAGAAGCACCAUGUCCAGACCAAGCUGAAUUACUACAAAUAUCCUGGUGAUGGGAGUCGUCCCCCUCCCAACAUUGCCGGCAAACCAGAGACAUAUGACCGACCAAGCGAACCCUUGGACGUGACCGUCCACGACAUCCGGGGCGAGGAGGAUCAAUACACUCUGGACAAGAACGGAUUCCAGAUCUACCGUCACGCAAGCGUGGAGAAGGAGUUCCUGGACGACGAACAGAUCAAAGCCCAAUAUUACCCGGAGGUUGAACAGCUGUUGAAGGAUGCAACCGGUGCUUCGCGCGUGUUCAUCUUCGACCACACCAUCCGCCGUCAGCCCAAGGACCAACGCGGCGAGACUCCUACCGUCAACCUCCGCGGGCCUGUGAAUCGAGUGCACAUCGACCAGAGCUACAGCGCAGCCAAGUCCCGAGUCCCGCACCAUCUUCCAGACGAGGCGGACAAGCUGCUCAAGACCCGCUAUCAAAUCAUCAACGUCUGGAGACCCAUCAAGACCAUCUAUAAAGAUCCUCUCGCCGUCGCGGACGCCCACUCGGUGCCGGACUCGGACCUUGUGGGCGUGGAUUUGAUCUACCCUGACCGUCGGGGCGAGACGUACACCGUCCGUCCGAAUCCGGAACAUAAAUGGUACUACCUGUACGGACAGACGCCCGAAGAGGUGGUUUUGAUCAAGUGCUUCGAUUCCAAACUCGACGGUCGUGCCAGGAGGGUUCCACAUACCGCCUUUGUCAAUCCUGAGACGGUGGAUGCCCCUCCUCGGGAGAGUAUCGAGGUCAGAACUCUGGUGUUCCAUGAAGACGAGCCUGCCGAGUAG